GUCAAAACAAACAACAUAACAAUACUUGAUCAUAUGGGUAAAUAAAUAAAGUGCAGUUUUAGGACUUUCAGGGGAUUUUUUUCGCUUAUAUUAAAUGAAAACCAUCAAGUAGAUGCAUUUGCAGUGUAUUGUGCCAUUGUAAAAAUGAAACAUAUAGUUGGAAAAGUCGUUUUGCUCGGUUUUCAAGGUGUUGGUAAAACUGCACUAGUAUCACGUUACGUCGAAAAGGCUUUUCAUCCUCAAAAAGCCCCGACUGUCGGCGCUUCAUUCUUCACUUGUAAAGUAGUAAAAGAAGAUCAUAUUGUAACACUUCAGAUAUGGGAUACGGCGGGCCAGGAACGCUUUAAAGCGAUGGCGCCCAUGUUUUACCGCAACGCGAACGCCGCUUUACUGAUAUUCGACAUAACAUCGCAAUUAUCCUUCGACAGCAUAAAGAUGUGGGUGCAGGAAUUAAAGGGCAACGUCGAAGAGUCCAUGAUGCUGUGCGUUGUCGGGAAUAAGUUAGAUUUAAACGAUCAAAGACAAGUAUCACGCGAAGAAGCUUCGGCUUAUUCUAAAAGUAUUGACGCCACUUACUUGGAAUGUUCAGCUAUGACAGAUCAGGGAGUAGCCUUAAUAUUUGAAAAGCUCGCUCAAGGAUUGAUGCGACUGCAAGGACUCUCUUCUACUCUUAAGAUAUACGAGGACGACAUAAUGGCGAGUUCCAGUGAACUUGAAGCCACGGAUAUCGCCAAUGAAGAGACUGUUAAUGUUAGUAUAGGAAGUAUAGCACACGGAAAUACUGUUAAUGGAAAAUGCUGUUAGCUGUUAAGCUUUGAUUGUGACGUAUUUUGUGAUAAAUGAUAGGUAGAUGGUCCAAAAUAGGAUUUACCUAUCCGUUACCUAUACUUUUUUGUAUAUCAAAUAUAUUUUUAUUUCAAAAUGUGAUUUUGUAACUAAAGCAAUUUGGAUUUACUUUUACUCAUUAUAAGUAUUUUUCUUAAACGACGUAACAUAUCACAUUGUAUAUAAAAAAUAAUAAAUAAAUCGAUA